AUGGCUAAUGGCGCUGUGUCCCUUUGGGUUCUUCCUCUGAUCCUGUUGCUGGGGAAUGCACCUUUCUGUCUUUCCAGUCUCGUCUCUUCACUAGUUGACUUGCAGAUAGACAGGAUGGAUUACUAUGAAUACGAUGAUGAGCAUGUCCCUCCAGAAGAGAACACCCCCGCCACAGACAGCGAAUACUUCACAUAUCCCGACUGGUUCUACGAAUACUUUGGCUACAAUGAUCCAUGCUCGUCCAAGCCUUGCAAGAACAGUGGUGAGUGCAAAAGAAAUAGAAAUCGCUACACCUGCCUCUGCCCUAUGCCGUAUUCCGGGACUAGGUGUGAGAAAGUGAAAAACAUGUGUGAAAGGAAUAGCUGUCGUAAAGGACACUGCCUUAUAAUGCUAACUCCACCUUAUUCUCAGUGCACUUGUAGACAUCCCUACAAGCCACCAUACUGCAACAAAGCAUCUUCGGCUUGCAAACCAAACCCAUGUAAAAAUGGAGGCAUCUGUCUACAGCGGAGAAUCAGAUCAAAAUUCUCCUGCCAAUGUGCUGAACCCUUCAGAGGGAGGUUCUGUGAAAUAGGACCAGAGGACUGUUUUGAACAGGAUGGGCAUGAAUACAGAGGGAAAGUGAGUCAAACAAGGUCUGGGGAGACAUGCCUUCAUUGGAAUUCUAACCUGCUCUUGGACGAGAGUUAUAAUGCAUUUAUGGAGGAUGCUGAGUAUUAUGGCAUCGGUGAACAUAACUUCUGCAGGAAUCCAGACGGUGAUGUAAAACCCUGGUGCUUCAUCAAAACAGAUAACAAGGUGAAAUGGGACUCCUGUGAUGUUUCACCUUGCUCAGCAACAGAAAAGACUCCAGUGAGUACAGUUGCCCCAGCUGUUCUUCCUACAGUGAGUAAGACAUUCAAUGUGUGUGGACAGCCAGAGGCUGAGAGAAUGCUCAAAAGGAUUUAUGGUGGGGCCAAGACCAUGUCUGGCAAACAUCCCUGGAUGGCAUCUCUACAGAGCAAGCGUUCAUUGGGGCCCCCUAUGCCAAAGGGACACUUCUGUGGAGGAGCUCUGAUUGAACCAUGCUGGGUUCUCACCGCUGGACACUGCAUUCAAUUUCAAGCAGACAACCUGCAAGUGUUCCUUGGAAAGCGAGACCUGGAGAGGACAGAGUACCAUGAACAAAAAUUUGAUGUGGAGAAAAUAAUUCGUCAUGGACAUUACAAAGAAAGGAACGAUAUUCCAUUCAAUGAUAUCGCUUUGCUUAAGCUGAAGCGAGUUGACGACCAUUGUGCUCUAGAAACAAAGUACGUAAAAACUGUGUGUUUGCCCAAUGCUCCAUUUCCUGAUGGAACUGAAUGUUACAUCUCAGGAUGGGGAGUUACUGAAACAGGUGAAGGAUCUCGUCAGCUGCUAGAUGCCAGAGUAAAGCUGAUCUCCAAGACACGGUGCAAUGCACGGUGUGCAUAUGAUAACAAACUGGAUGAAAGCAUGCUUUGUGCAGGAAAUCUGCAGGCACCAGGAAUUGAUACUUGUCAGGGAGAUUCUGGGGGUCCUCUAACCUGUGUACAAAAUGGUUCCUAUUAUGUCUAUGGAAUUGUGAGCUGGGGCGAACAGUGUGGUUUAAAAGAUAAACCAGGAGUUUAUACCCAAGUGACAAGAUUCCUCAAUUGGAUUAAAUCAAAAAUUCAGCAGGAGCCCAGUUCACGCGAGUAA